AGCUGUUUUGGUUUCGCUUUUGCUGCCAUGGUAGAGUACGCAGUCAUCAACUAUGCAGCAAUUGUGUACAUACGUAAGCAGGUUCAUGAUCUGAAAGGAUUGGAAUCGAAUAGAGCGAUGGAGAAGAUGCGUAUAUUUACCGCCGGACUGAUGGGAGCUCGCCGUGAUACUCUUGCUGUAGAUGACUUAGCACUGGCUGAAGCGGAAGAAAAACAACCUUGGUACUCUUGCUUCAUGAAGAAGAAAACGCCUAAGGCAACUUCAAUGUUCUAUCGAAUGGCUGUAAAAGCAGCAAAAGCACGACGGAAGCUAAAAAUGAGGGAUCCAGCCAGAGGGUAG